AAAGUUGACAUCAUGAAUUUUCUAAGAAAAAAUGAAGAAGAAAACAAUUGUUUCUUUGUAUCUGUUGGCCCAUCUUCCAUAUUUGAUUGCUGAGCCUAUGACUGCACUGACAACUGUAUACAAGAAAACUGAUGUAGUGGUUGAUAGCUUUGUGAAGUUAAGUUCAGCACUAGAUUUUAAAGCAGCUAAUGCUAAAACUAGGGUUCAAUGUGCUGCUGCCUGCAGUCUAUCCCCACCUUGCAACGGUAUUAUAUUCGAGAAUGGAGUAUGUAAACUUGGCACUGCCAUCUGCUCUGGCCCACCUGGAAGUGGUAUUAUCAGCGUGUACACAAAGGGAUGCUUGAAUAGACUUGUGAUAAUAAAGGGAGGGGGGUGGGAUGGACAACCAGAGGGUGGUCAUGUCUUCUAUGCAGUGUUCAAUGAAGCAGCCAAUAAAGGAGAAGAGGGCUGGAAAGAGUUUAUAAGUUAUAGCAAUAAGAGCUCUAGGAUGUUGAUAGUGAAUGGAAGAUGGACUGUUCGCUGGGAUUUCCCAGUCCUUGAGGAACUAGUUUCCUUUCCACAGUAUCCUGAUGUUUACAAUAACACUCAGUCUGCCUUUAGUGCAUCUUUCUAUGAUGCAUGUCCCCAAGAAGGAGUACGGAUCACGGCAGCCACUAUGAUAAGAGAUAUUACUAAUGUUCUCACUUGGCAAGCUUGCGGAGUUCAUUGUGCUGAAGACUCUCUCUGUGAGUAUUGGACUUGGGGUAUUCCUGGUUCUAAAUGCCAUAUACGCUCUGGUAUGAGGGCUGUGAGUAAAGAUCCCACAUACAUUUCUGGCACCAAGGAUUGUACUAGUUAGAGAGAUGCAUAUUCAGGAAAUGCAUAUGCACUCAAACUUUCUGACAAAACAUUUAACGAUGAGGGAUUUGUGUGUGUCUGAGACCGAAUUAAAUUAACUAGAAAGAGGUGGCUGAACUUCCUACCGCCAGAUCAAUUACUGGCUUAAAUCCUGAAUCAAAGUUUAAGAUUUCAAUCAACCCAAUUAGACUCCCACAAAUAUCGGGUUCAUCAAUCAAUGUCUAAAACCAAACAUUGGCAUUCUGUAGUUCAUAAUUGAGCCAGCCAUGAAAGAUACAUGGUUGAACCGUCUCUAUAUAGUUCAACGAUCUCUCGAAUUUCAUUAAAUCCGGUCUUUUGAUUUGUUUUACUAGUAACCAUUAUGUAUUAUGAUGCUAAAGCAAUAAUGGAGCUUUGUAAAAUUCCUCAAAUAUGCGCUUCUAUGGCUGUGUGUUAUAAUAUUUAUCAAUCUGAAAUAAACAUGAUGAGUUUUAAAAUCUAA